AUGAAUUUUAAUAUUGUUCUCGUUUUGAAACAUGUGAUCUUGUGUUGUGUUUGCAUUUUCGGUGAUAAAGUAACGGAAACGGUGCAGAAGCCGGCUUUGUUGCGGGCCUGCAUCGACAAUGCCACACAUGCCACCAUCGGAUGUAUUGCCGCGGAGAUACUACUACACAGCUUGAAAUAUCAUACUAAAAACCAAGAAUAUUGGUUUCUGCUUUUAAUAGCUACAGUUGUUUCAUCACUAAUCGAUUUGGACCACUUUAUCGAGGCAAGGUCGUUUCGUUUGCAGGAUGCUACCCACCUUGAUCGAAGACCAUUUCUACACAAUUCAGCAAUAUGUGUCGUAACGUUUGUGAUUUUAAUACUUACCAAGCGUCUGGAAAGGAAUAGAUACAGCCUUUUCAUUAGUGCGGUAUUGAUCGCCUUCAGCACACAUCAUUUGCGCGAUGCAACGAGACGUGGGAUUUGGAUCAAAUCACCAUUCCAGGACAGCAGCAGUCCUGCGGUUCCGUACGUGCUGUACCUUGCGUUUGUAAACAUCAUUCCCCAUGUGUUAUGCCUCCUAUUGCAAACUCCGUACAGCACAGUGCCGAAGAUGAAACUAGUCGAGAUGGUUUAA